AUGGAGGGGUGGGACGGCGUCAUCUGUGGCGACGCGGACCUCGCCCUGGCGAUCGUGUCGGUGCUUCUGGCCAACAAUCUGCGAGAACUGCGCCUGCGGCAGUCGAUCGAGGCGUCCGCCAAGCUGCUGCGCGACCACAACGAGACCCUCAAAGACGAGAGCGCAAAGCUGGCCGAGUCGAACCGCGGCCUCGAGCACAACCUGACGCUGCUCCAGACCUCGAUCGGCCUGUUCGGCUCGCAGGGCGACGAGUGGUUCGAAAAGCUGCACUCCAAACUGAGCACGCUCGAGGACUCUUUCGCGCCGCGUGCGGAAAACGAGCGGCACGCCGCGCUCGUCCGGGGGCAGGUGUGGACCUUCCUGGCGCUCAACAUCGACCUCGACAAGGACGGCAAAGUCAACGCCGCCGAGCUCGACCACCUGCAGAACGCCUACGACACCGUCGACUUUUCCGACCUGGCCAAGCGAGCGGAGGAGGACCCGAUCCCGAUCCGCGAGCUGCACCAGCGACUCGUCCCGGUCUUUGGCGCAGCGAGCCGCCCGCCAAUGCCGUCCGCGUCGCAGGGCCGGUCGCGGAUCAGCCAACGCAUUAGCAGCGCCGCUUGA